AGAGAGAGAGAGAGGAAGAUUUAGGAAUUCGUCUGCAGACUUGGAGCUGCGCUGUUACAGUAUAAUGGCCUAGCAGUCCAGCUAACUGCUAACUGUGCAUUUGUGUGUGUGCUUUGGGUUAUGAUCAGUGGUAAGACGCCUUGCUACAACCGAUAGUUCAGAGGAAAAGCAGUCGCCGCAACAGCCAUCCACAGCAGCCCCCCACCACCCAGCAGACUCCAGGAACAGGCAGAGCAGGAUGGAGGCUUCAUUUGGCCCUACCUUCUCAGCCGUGGCUGCUGGAGCUAAAGAAGCGACCAGCAACUACAAGCAGCACAGAAGAACUCCCUCCUCCUCCAGCACUCUGACCUACUCUCCCCGGGAUGACGACGAUGGAAUGCCUCCUAUUGGAACUCCUCGGAGGUCAGACUCAGCCAUCUCAGUCCGAUCUCUCCACUCCGAGUCCAACAUGUCUCUGCGCUCCACUUUCUCACUGCAUGAAGAGGAGGAGGACACAGAGCCCCAGGUGUUUGCUGAACAGCCAUCUGUGAAACUGUGCUGCCAGCUGUGCUGUAAUGUCUUCAAGGACCCCGUCAUCACUACAUGUGGGCACACCUUCUGCAGACGAUGUGCCUUGACAUCAGACAAGUGCCCAGUGGACGCGGCGAAGCUAACGGUCGUGGUUAACAACAUUGCGGUUGCCGAGCAGAUCGGAGAGCUCUUCAUUCACUGUAAAUACGGCUGCAGGGCCACAGCCAGCGCUGCAGGAGGAGCAGCAGGAGGAGCUGCAGCCUCCAACUCCACAGUGGCCGGGAAACCUGGAGCGUACGAGGUGGACCCACUGGGCUGCCCCUUCACCAUCAAACUGUCCACACGCAAAGAACAUGAGGCCAGCUGUGACUACCGGCCGGUCCGCUGCCCCAACAACCCCUCCUGCCCCCCGCUGCUCACCAUGAACCUGGAGGCUCACCUCAAAGCAUGUGAGCACAUCAAGUGUCCACACUCCAAAUAUGGCUGUACGUUCAUCGGUAAUCAGGACACGUAUGAAACACACCUGGAGGUGUGUAAAUUUGAGGGUCUGAAGGAGUUUCUGCAGCAGACUGAUGACAGGUUCCAUGAGAUGCAGCUGACUCUGGCCCAAAAGGACCAAGAUAUUGCUUUCCUGCGCUCCAUGUUGGGCAAACUAUCUGAGAAGUUGGAUCAGCUAGAAAAGAACCUGGAGCUCAAAUUUGAUGUGUUGGACGAGAACCAGAGUAAACUGAGUGAGGACCUGAUGGAAUUUCGUAGAGAUGCUUCCAUGCUUAAUGACGAGUUGUCCCACAUCAACGCCAGGCUCAACAUGGGAAUCCUGGGCUCAUACGACCCCCAGCAGAUCUUCAAGUGUAAGGGGACAUUUGUUGGCCACCAGGGUCCCGUCUGGUGUCUGUGUGUCUACUCCACUGGAGACUUGCUCUUCUCUGGAUCCUCAGAUAAAACCAUCAAGGUGUGGGACACCUGCACCACCUACAAGUGUCAGAAAACCCUUGAGGGUCAUGAUGGCAUCGUACUGGCGCUGUGUAUCCAGGGCAACAGGCUGUACAGCGGCUCUGCAGACUGCACCAUCAUCGUGUGGGACAUCCAGACCCUGCAGAAAGUCAAUACUAUCCGUGCCCAUGACAACCCAGUAUGCACACUGGUUUCCUCCCACAACAUGUUGUUCAGCGGCUCCCUCAAGGCCAUUAAGGUUUGGGACAUUGUGGGAACGGAGCUGAAGCUGAAGAAGGAGCUGACGGGUCUGAAUCACUGGGUCAGAGCACUGGUGGCCUCCCAGAACCACCUGUACAGUGGCUCUUAUCAGACUAUCAAGAUUUGGGACAUCCGCUCUCUGGAGUGUGUUCACGUCCUGCAGACCAGCGGCGGCAGCGUCUACUCCAUCGCCGUCACCAACCACCACAUCGUCUGUGGCACCUAUGAAAACCUCAUCCACGUGUGGGACAUUGAGUCCAAAGAGCAGGUGCGGACCCUGACAGGUCAUGUGGGAACAGUGUACGCUCUCGCCGUCAUCUCCACUCCGGACCAGACCAAAGUGUUCAGCGCCUCCUACGACCGCUCACUCAGGGUGUGGAGCAUGGACAACAUGAUCUGUACCCAGACUCUGCUGAGACACCAGGGCAGCGUCACCGCUCUCGCCGUCUCCAGAGGACGCCUCUUCUCCGGAGCUGUGGACAGCACCGUCAAGGUGUGGACAUGCUAAACAAACCGAUCGCUCUGCAGGAGUCCAGUCAACUCCACCUGUUUGUGUCUGACAGACGCAAUGACAGAAACCUUUCCACAUCAUGUUUCCUCCUCACCCGUUUGUUUCUUUGGUUGUGAUUAACGGCUGCAGACCAACCAGGACCGCCACGUCACCACCCAGCUGCAUCACAACCAUUUUAACUGUUUUACUGCUUUAUCAAACUUCAAACCAACCCUCCGGACGCCUUGAUGCCUCGAGGGUCAACUUGGGGUCACGCUCCUCUGUGACCUCAUCACCAGUGCAUUACAGGGCAAAAUAAGACAAGCUGCCUUACAGCUGCACUGCACUGCACCAAAACCACCAUCGACUGGCUGCUGCAGCCCUGCAGACACACACACCUGCCGUCUAACAGCUGUACUAUGAUGCCUGUUGCAUACUGUUCAAAUAAGUCAAAGGGCUGGUUUCACACACACAUGGAGUGACAAUACAAUCAUUCCAAAUGUAUAUGUUAUAUAUGCCAGAGUGCACCAGGACAGUUUGAUGUUAAAAUGUAUGUGAAGACUUCACUGAAACCUGCACAGGAUUAGAUUUACUGAUGCAUCAGAAAGUGGAAAUGUUCCAAAAAAGGCGUUUAUUUUGGCCGUUCCUCAUGGAGAAGUGAUGAAAUCAUAAUGACCACACAGUAACUAACCCUAAUAUUACAGUCAAAGACUCCUCUUAAAGGUGCUGUGUGGAAUUUUCAUGAAAUCCUUGAGAUCCUCCAACGGUUACGUGACAGACACAAGCUCAAGUUUGCAAAUUAUUUUAUCAGCAAACGAUAAGAAGAAACCAAUGCCAGAUCCAUGCCCUGCAGCUGAGUUACAGCUACAAUCUACAAUGUCAUGUAGCACACGCUUUUAUCCAAA